CGUCCCGCCUCCUGGCCGGUCUGCAGAAUUUGCACACAAAUACAGUUGAGUGUUUGAUAAAAAUGCACUCAGAUGCGACAAAUUUUCAGCUGAACUCCCACUUGUCCACACUGGCCAGCAUCCACAAGAUCUACCACACAUUGCACAAGCUGAACUUGACUGAGGACGUUGGCCCGGACACUCACUCCACAGGCUGCUGCUCCAAAGCCAUGCCCCCGAGGAAAAAGAGGAGGCCCGCUGCAGGAGAUGACCUGUCUGCAAAGAAGAGUCGUCAGGACAAUGUCUACAGAAGACAGGAGUCAUCCCACAUCCAGGAAGCUGAAACUUUCUCCAGUAAGAGAUGUCUGGAGUGGUUUUAUGAGUACGCAGGUUGUGAUGAUGUGGUUGGACCAGAAGGCAUGGAGAAGUUCUGUGAAGAUAUUGGAGUGGAACCUGAGAAUGUGGUGAUGCUGGUAUUGGCUUGGAAACUAAAUGCCCAGAGUAUGGGCUACUUCACCCUGCAGGAAUGGCUUAAAGGAAUGGGAUCACUUCAAUGUGAUUCAACUGAAAAACUCAGGAACUCUCUAGACUACCUGAGGUCGAUCCUCAAUGAUGCCACGAGUUUUAAGCUCAUUUACAGAUACGCAUUUGACUUUGCCCGGGAGAAGGAUCAGAGGAGUUUAGAUUUAAACACUGCCAAGUGCAUGCUUGGACUUCUACUUGGGAAAACAUGGCCACUAUUUCCUGUGUUUAACCAAUUUCUAGAGCAAUCCAAGUAUAAAGUAGUAAAUAAAGACCAAUGGUGCAAUGUUCUAGAGUUCAGUAGGACCAUUAACUUGGAUCUCAGCAACUAUGAUGAGGAUGGGGCUUGGCCGGUUUUGUUGGACGAGUUUGUGGAGUGGUACAAAGACCGAGAGAUGUCAUAGCAACAACCGCCAUUGCCUCUAACUUCACCAACAACUAGAAACUAAUCUGCAACAGGCACCGUGGCAUCAGUGACAGAAAUGACUUAGAUAUGGUCCUUACAAACAAAACAUACCUGGACCAGGUGGGGCAAACUGUAGGUAACCUGCCAGUGAUGUAUGUAUGUGUGUGUGAGUGUGAGUGUGGAAGUGUCAGCGUUCCAUAGUGUAUCGUUCACACGUUGCCCUUCUUAAAAGGGUUAUGUGUGAUCGCCAUCACUGAUGAGAAACAGGUCAAACAGCACCUUUGCCCUCAAUUCUCACCUGAUGUCCUGACCAAACUGCAAUGCAUCAUGGGAAAGCACAUGGCCCAGAUCAGUGCCGCUUCCUGCCUCCCUACUGUGACGUGUCUAACUGUGAAUGUAUGAAUGGGUGUUUAAGAGGGGGUGAUCUGUGAUUAUUCCACACGGUAGGGCAACUACUAAAUACCUAAAUAGUUUCCAUCAUAUUCUAGGUAAUUAAAUAUUAAGGGAUCUUGUUUAAAAUACAAACUUGUAUAAAAAUAAUCUGUAACUAUGAUUAAAAAACUUGUAAAUGAAUCGAAAUAGCCAUUGCUGCUGAUUAUGAUCUGAAGUACAGUGACCAGAUUCUCACUUGUUCCAUUACAUUUAAAAAUUUCACUUCUUACAGAGAGUAGUUUAAAAACGGUUUUCCCGAAAGAAUGUUAUGACAAGUCUUUCCUUAAGAAAAAGAUUUAAAUAAUUAAAAAAAUAAUAAGUGCUAAAUCAGCCCUACUUUCAGAAUAUUUUCUGAAACGCUCAUUGCUAUUUCAUUAUAUAGAAUAACUUUUACACAGGGUAAUUAAUAUUAUUAUUAUUUUCAUAUGUAAUAAAUACCUGCCAUUGAUCUAUAUCUUUUUUUUUUUUUGCCCAAAUAUUUUGACUUCUUUUAUUUCUCAUCUUUUCUCCUCGUUUACUCCAUAUCUUCAAGGAGCACAUCAUUUAUCUUUGUGUGUAAGUGCUGUAUGUCUAAUGUUUUAGACAUUGCCUAACUUGGUUGUUAGUCUGGAUGGCAGAGGGGGUUAAGUAAUGACUUUAAUCUUUUGUUAUACUGUAAUUGAGUUACCUAACAUAAGUUCAAAUCUGAGUCUCGCUGUUGGAGAAGGAUCGCUUCUGUAUGUCCUUAGUAUUACAGGUGAUGUGCAGGGAAAAAAAGCAAAAGCUAAAGAUAUAUGUUCUUUACAUGAUUUUUUUUUUUUGUUUUUUUAAACCAUGCAGAAGUUUAAUAUUUCUUGGGGGAAAUUUGAAUUGUUUUUUUUUCAUUAUUUCAUUGUUAUUUUUUUAUUUGUUAGUAAACCAGUUAUUUAUGAUGGUAUUCAUAAUGGGAGGAAAAAUGUUCAUAUCAGACAAGUAAGAGAUUAAUUAUUUUUUCAAAAACAUGCAUCCAAUGCAUCUGCAGCUUGCCCUUCCCUGGUCAUCUCAAUUUUACAGACAAUAUUCAGUUUAAGUUCUGUAAGUGUCAAUAAAUCUAUCUUUUACACAUCACUGUGCCCUUAUACAAGUACAUUCAUGCUCUCCAUGAGAAUCUACUUGGUUACUUAGUCUUACAUUGAUUUACUUUACUGGGUCAUUCAAAAGACAUGUUUUUUCCUCUUUGUUGUGUCUUCAGUUCACAUAUUACCCAGAUAAAAUGGCAUGUUGAGGCUCUCCCUUGAAGUGGAAGGGAAAUGUGAGGGGAAACACACUUCCACAGCAAGUCCUAAAGCCCAUAGUGACUGUUGCAUAGCAACUGUUUAAUUCUAGUUACAUUUGUAAAAUGUUCAGUUUUGUCUUCUGACUGUGGCGUGAAGCUAACUUGUCAUCUGAGUGGACAAAAAUUGUGCAUGCGUACUUCACGCAUAGAUGUCUGACUAUAAAUGAUUUUAUUAUUAUUAUUUUUUUUUUUUGUAAAUGUUAGUUCUUUUUCCUUUUUUCGUAUAGGUAUUUGUGAAUUUAUUGUGCUUAUGUUUUUCCCCACAGCCAUGAACUCAUUGUUUUAUGAAAAUCAUGAUUGUCAUGGUAUCUAACGCUUAAAUACACUUUCAAUCUCAUUUGCUGAAA